CGCCCCGGAACCCCGCCAGCCGGACUUGCAGCGCUGCGAGCGCAGGCUGACCACGCGUCCCCGCACACUCGCGCCUUUCCCCGGACCCGGUGGCCGUCGGAGGACUGGAGCGGCCAUUUAGACCUUUUUUUUUUUUAAUUAAAAUCGUUUUUCCUGCCUGUUUUCGGAUUUGGGGAGGGAUUUUUUUUUAAGAUUUGUUGUUAUCGUAAACGAUUUUUUUUUUGGUUUUGAUCGAGACGUCGGAGACCUUUCCUUCAGUUUUGGUUUUGUUUUGGAUCCGGAGACCACCGAGGCUGAGCCUCCUCGAGGGCCCGCUGCAUUUCAGCCAAGGACAAAAGGAGCCCCCCGCGCUGCUCUCUCCUGCUCCGCCUGAGCUCCGCCGCACCCGGAUUAAUUCCCGUCCAUGCUCAGCAUGAAGAAAACCCAAAUGGGAAGGUUCAAUAUUUCCCCCGAUGAGGACAGCAGCAGUUACAGCUCCAACAGCGACUUCAACUACUCCUACCCCACCAAGCAAGCUGCUCUGAAAAGCCAUUAUGUUGAUGUCGAUCCUGAAAACCAGAACUUUUUACUUGAAUCAAAUUUGGGGAAGAAGAAGUAUGAAUCAGACUUUAAUCCAGGUACUACUUCCUUUGGAAUGUCAGUAUUUAAUCUGAGCAAUGCGAUUGUGGGCAGUGGAAUCCUUGGGCUUUCUUUUGCCAUGGCUAAUACUGGAAUUGCUCUUUUUAUAAUUCUCUUGACAUUUGUGUCAAUAUUUUCCCUCUAUUCUGUACAUCUCCUUUUAAAGACUGCCAAUGAAGGAGGGUCUUUAUCAUAUGAGCAGUUGGGGCAUAAGGCAUUUGGAAUAGUAGGAAAGCUAGCUGCUUCUGGAUCAAUCACAAUGCAGAACAUUGGAGCUAUGUCAAGCUACCUCUUCAUAGUGAAAUCUGAGUUACCUUUGGUGAUCAAGGCAUUAAUGAACGAUGGAGAGUCCAAUGGAGAAUGGUAUCUCGAAGGGGACUAUUUGGUUUUGCUGGUGUCACUGGUGCUUAUUCUUCCUUUGUCGCUGCUAAGAAAUUUAGGAUAUUUGGGAUAUACCAGUGGCCUUUCCUUAUUGUGUAUGGUGUUCUUUCUGAUUGUGGUGAUCUGCAAGAAAUUUCAGAUUCCUUGUCCUUUGGAAUUUGCUUUGAUACUUAAUGAGACAAUGAACAACACCCUAACACACCCAACAGCUUUUGCAUCUGAAUUGGGCUUAAAUGCCACUGGAGCAGACACUUGCAAACCUCGAUAUUUUAUCUUCAACUCUCAGACAGUGUAUGCAGUGCCAAUUCUGACGUUUUCUUUCGUCUGCCACCCUGCUGUUCUUCCCAUCUAUGAGGAGCUGAAAGGCCGAAGCCGGAGGAGAAUGAUGAAUGUGUCUAAGAUUUCAUUUUUUGCAAUGUUCCUCAUGUACCUGUUUGCUGCCCUCUUUGGAUACCUGACAUUUUAUGAACAUGUUGAGCCAGAAUUGCUUCAUACCUACUCUUCUGUCAAGAAAACUGAUAUUCUUCUUCUUAUUGUCCGUCUGGCUGUGUUGAUGGCUGUCACCCUGACAGUACCAGUGGUUAUUUUUCCAAUCCGGAGCUCUGUGACACAAUUGCUAUGUGCAGCAAAAGAUUUCUCUUGGUGGAGGCAUACUCUCAUUACCUUGUGCAUUUUGGGAUUUACUAACUUGCUUGUCAUCUUUGUCCCAGAUAUAAGAGAUAUCUUUGGUUUCAUUGGUGCAUCGGCAGCUGCUAUGCUGAUUUUUAUUCUCCCAUCUGCCUUCUAUAUCAAGUUGGUAAAGAAGGAACCAAUGAAAACUGUACAGAAGAUGGGGGCUCUGCUUUUCCUGAUCAGUGGUGUGGUGGUGAUGAUUGGAAGCAUGGCUCUGAUUGUCCUGGAUUGGGUACACAACCCCCCUGCAGGUGGCCCUUAAUUGGUACCGCUGAAACUCAAAAUCAUCCCUCGGAUGAUGUGCCAGUGUUGAGUCAUUCUCAACUACUAUGAAAUUUCACCUGAUGUUUUCCGUUCACUUCCUUUUGAAGUGCAGAUUCCUCGCUGGUUCUUCUGGAUGCAGAAUAAGUGAACUUUUUUUUUUUAAUUUUUUAAUUAUUGUUAUUGUUUUUGUUUUUUUUAAAGAAACUUAAUCUGUAUGUUAGGAAUCUUGACAACAAAACCACGAGUCUCGGGUUAAGGGAAGUGACAAUUUUAUUCCAUUCCAGAGAAUGGACAGACUCUUUAACUUUUAUCAAGCCACAUGCUUGGCUGUGUCAUUGUUUAACUUGGAUAUUUUAUGAUUUUACUUGAAUGUGCCUAAUGGAACCAUUCGAUGUGAGAAACAAAUGUUCAUUUAGAGCAAAGUAUUGAGAAAACCAUUGAGGGGGAAAAAUGCUUAUUAUUUUUUUGUACCAAAAAGAAAAAGAUACUUCAAGACCUCAGAAGCACUAUUUUACUUUUAAGAAAUUGCUUUCUGUUUUUGAACUCUCCACAAACAGUUGACAAUAAAUUCCGUAAAAUGACUUCAUUGGUAUUUAAAAACAAAUGUUAGUAUUAUGAAAUGAUUUGCCUUUUUUGUAGGCAUUAUAAUAAGCCAAAUACUUUUUUACCCAAAAUAAUUUUUAGAGAAAAUGAUGUAACAAAGCAAAAAGACCUUGUAUUAUGAAUUGGGAGCUUUUUUUUUUCCCAUUGAAAUUCGUUUAAAGAGUAUUUGAUUGCUACACCAAGUCAGGUUGAAAUCUGUUCAUUCUGUCUGCAAAUAAUUUGAUUUAUUCAGAUGAAAUGUGAGGAUGGACACAAUGGAAGAUAUUUCUAUGGGAAAUAAAAAUGACUGAUUUUUUGAGGUACCAAAUAGAGUGCAAUUGGGUAAAACAGGGUUUAUUCAGUUGCAUCUGUCUACAGAAUUGUAUUGACAGCUCUGGGCCAGCCCUUUUUAAAAAAAAAAAAAAACAUUGCUUCUAGUAGUGGAAAAUGGGCAUUUGAUGGCAAUAGGCCAAAUAUCCAGAGUACAACUUUGCAAAAUGCUCAUUUACUGGAAGUGUGAUUUACUUGACAAUGUGCGGCUUAGUCGUGUAUGUGUUUUGUCUUCACAGUAGUGGUCUUUAUUCAUUGGUUACGCCGAUGUUUGGUAUAGUACAAGUUCUGUUCAUCAGGAUAUUGGGUUACUUACACAGCAAGCUUUUAAAAAUAAGACUCAAUUUGGCCUGGUGCUGGUGGCACAUGCCUAUAAUCAAAUCCUAGCUAGCUA